AUGUUCCGCACCGCCAGAGAACUAACGCGGCCAUCUUUGAGCCAGGAAGCACUAAAUGCUCACGACUCAGGCUCGGAAUCCAACAACGAUGAGGCCACAGAGAGGAGGCAAGAGCCCCUCACGAAGGCAGACCUCCACAACAUGCUCAAAGAAGCCACAGCUGAUAUCAAGGCCCACACAGCAACAGAACUAGAGCGGCACAUCUCGUGUAUUAAGGAAGACCUCGAGGCCCUCAACACUCGUGCCGCGCAGGCAGAAUCAGACAUCACACUGCUUCAAUCAACCUCAUCCCAACAUGGGCAAGACAUCUACUACCUAAGCGACAAAAUACAAUAA